GGGGCUCGGCUCGUGGCCGCCCGGGGGAAGUGACGUUGGCGGAAGGGGCGGGGCCAGGUCGGGACGGCUCCUCAGCGUCCGCCCGCGGCUCUGCGGGCUCUGGCGGUCAUGUCGGCGCUGAGGCGGCUGGGGCCUUUCCUUCGCGAGGGAGGUCGGCGCUUCCUGGAGGGUCCGAGCGAGCGGACUGUUGGUCGCGGCAUUGGAGGAGUCCGGCAUGCUGGAGAUGGUGUACACAUUCAGCCCCGCUACCGGCAGUAUCCCCAUCUUACAAAAUCUCAGAUCUUCCAAUCUGAGCUGUUAAGUGCGACAAUGUGGUUUUGGAUUCUCUGGCGUUUCUGGCAUGACUCGGAUGCUGUAUUGGGUCAUUUUCCAUAUCCAGAUCCUUCUCAGUGGACAGAUGAAGAACUGGGUAUUCCCCCUGAUGAUGAAGACUAAGGCAAUGUCAUCACCACUACAAGUAGGUGCUACCAAGCACCUCAUUGCCAUUUAAAUUAAAAAAAUGUUAAAUUGAUGUUUUUCUUUUUCAACAUCGGCACUUCAUAAUAAAUAGUUCUCUCUCCCCCCCGUAGACUUUUUUUUUUUUUAAAUAACAAAUGAGUUCAGUGAAGGAAAAUACUUGGCUAUCUUAAAAAUGUAUGCCCCGUUUCACACUCAUAGAAAACCACCUUUCUCCAGAGAGGUUAGAGGCAUGUUUCACCCUCAGUCCUCUAAAGUCAGGAUUAGACAGUGCAUUACAUAGAGUUCUGAAUUCUUUCAUAUUAUUAUGGUCAUUUUGGAAAUUGUCUUCCUGGUUCUGCUUUUUUUGCCCUAAAUUAGUUCGUACAAGUCUUUCUCAGUUUCUCUGAAUUCUUUAUAGUUGUUCUGAUGUAAUAAUAUUCCAUUACAAUCGUGUAAUAUGAUUUGUUCAGCAACUUACCAAUCGAUGGACACAAAUUUUUCUAGUUCUUUGCUAUUACAAAAAGUGCUGCUAUAAAUAUUUUUGUAUAUAUGGGACCUUUCCCUCCUUUGAUUUCCCCGGGGUAUAUGUGUUAUCAUUGGGUAAAAGAGUAUGUACAGUUUAGCAGCUUUUAGGAGAUUUUUUUGUAAGGAGUAUGUAGAGUUUAGUGACUUUUUAGGAAAUUGUUUUCAAGAAUGUACUAAUUCACAGCUGUACCAGUGCUGUAUUAGCGUGUCAGUCUUCCUGAAACUCCUCUGUCACCACCCUUUUUAUUUUUGCCAACCUGCCAGGUGAAACUUCACUUAUUUUAACUUGCAUGUCUCCUGAGUAGUUUGGAGUGUUCUUUCAUGUUUGUUGAUAGUUUGCAUUUCUUCUUUGGAAAACCACCUGGCUUUUGUUUUCUAUAUACUUGUCCCUAAAUAUCUUGGUUAUCAAACCUUUAUUAGAUAUUUGUUAUAGAAGCUUUUCCCCCAGUUAACUGCUUCCCUUCUAAGUGUAACUGUUGAUUUUGUUCUUGCAAAAACCUGUCGAUUCAGUGUCGUCAAAAUUGUCCAUUUUGUCUGUUGUGAUUCUCUAUUCCUUGUUUAAGGAUUCUCUCCCUGGCCAUAAUUAUGGCAGGCAUCUCCUUCCAUUUUCCUCUAAUUUUUCUAUGAUGUGACCAUUGUAUACUUAGAUGAUGUGUCCAUCAAGAGCUUCUUGUGUUUAGUGAUAGACACAGUUAACUUUUGAGGGAUAUGCACUACUCUCCUCUAGAGAUGAUCCCUCAGAAGCAGGAUACAUACUGUGUAAGACAUGAAGCAGAAUAAACCGUAUUACUUUA